AUGCAGCAUUGGACAGGAAUGUUCCGACAAGAGAAAGUCUCACAUAUAAAUAACCAAAAGAUGGCGUUGGAUGCCACUCCCUCGGCGUUCCUUGUUGCGGAAUAUGGUGAUACUCUCAAGGCUUCAGAGCGCUACAAAUCCACGUUAGCGUGGCGAAAGCAGAUGCAACUUGAUUCGAUCUUGAUAGUGCCGCAGCCUCACUACAACACCAUCAAGAUGAACUACACACAAUUUCUGCACAAGCACGACAAGCUCGGCCACCCACUCUACUUUGAGAAAAUAGGUUCGAUCAACAUACUCCAGCUCAAGAAAGUUGGCAUCACUCUUGACACAUUGUUCAGACACUAUUUAUUCACAAUGGAGUUCACGAUCAAGUACGCGGCCCACCAGGUUUGCCCCUGUGACUCAUGUGCCAUGAGCGAGACACAGAAGAUGUGCAUUGUGCUAGAUGCGCGUGGUAUCGGUAUGCGUGAUAUGGGUGGUGAGGCGUUUGAGUUUAUCCGUCGGUGCACGAGUGCAAUGCAGCGUCACUAUCCGCAGCGGUCAUUCAAGAUCUUCAUUGUAAAUGUGCCUUCGUGGUUCGGCAUGGCCUGGAAGGGCGUGAAGCCGCUGUUGAACGAGGCAACGCGCGCAAAGACGAACAUCUUGACGGAGAGCGAGACUGCUGCCACGUUACUGGAGUAUGUUGAUGCAAAGAACUUACCAGUGGAGUAUGGCGGCACAUGCUCGUGUUCAGGUGGGUGCGCGACGCAUUCCUCAUACCAGCUUCUGCAGCGAGCUUUGGUUGAGAGUGUAUUAGAGUGCAAGCCAUUUGAGUCGGGUGAACUUGUUCAGACGAUUGCGCGUGAGCGUUCCGGUGCAAACAGGUCCAAGAAGAGACAACCGAUUUGCUCUCGUCGUGUUCACCACAUUCUUCCCGAAGUUCGAUCGAAAGAGAGGUCGUGUAGGUCUGUUUCGACAAGCUCGAUUUUGUUUGCAGAGCCAUUAGAUGCAACGCUUUCAGAUGUAGAUUAG